GCUUUGGGAAGCACACGAAGCAGUGUCCGGCGUCCAGAAGUUACUAGUUGCGCGACAAACGACGGCAGAGCAGUUUGCAGAGACGUUCCUAGAGCAGUUGGAAAAGGCCGACUACAUGCUCAAGGAAAUCGCGCGGAUCCAGAAGCGGUGGCUGCGCACCCAGCCGGAUCAUCAGAAGAUGACAGAGUAUACGCGGACGCUGAUGGAUCCGGACCUCUUUCCGCCCGUUCCUGACAAGCUGCUGGCCGAAGCAAGUGGUGGCGCCCCGGCGGGUGAAGGGCCGUGGUUGCAGGCCCGAGCAGGGGUGGCAGAAGCGCUUGGUCGCUUAGGUGUGUCUCGAGUUUUGCCCAGCAGCUCCGCGGAAUCGGGAGAAGACUUAGGCGACCUUAUGCAACCUGACGAAACGAGCGCUGGUCACGAAGAAGUUGAUGAAGAUGGAGAUCAUGCUGGCGGUGAAGCACAUGAGAACGCGCUGUCGACGCCUUCAGAGGAUCAAAAGACACACACUAUUUUGACCUCCCUCACUCCCGGUGACGCAAAAGCGCUCACAGGCGUCGCUGACGCCAUGACGGAUUUGCUGGGCAAGGAGGCUGUUGCCAUAAAUACACAGAACAAAGCCCUAAGAAAACUCGAGGAAGCACAUGUGACGAUGAGGAAGGUACUUGUACUGUCGAUCAGCGUUCUAUUGAGUGAUGUCGUCCACAAAGUUCAGACCAGAUUUAUGUUUUCUACUUUCAUUCUCUCCUACCUCCAGAUUUUUGUUUUUUUUAGCAAAGGAUGAAAAAACCCAUGAGUGGGGAUGAAGUCGUUCACUCUGGGUUUCCUGCACAAGCACGCUUAUAUUCCUCGUUGUUUGAAAAAAUACAGUAUCGCAAAAAGUACGCGCCGACAGUCGGGGAUCUUAUCGCCCAAGACACGCCGGCCAUUUCCAGCCGUCUGACGUGGCAUCGUGCAAAUAUAAAUCCUGCAAUUGACGCUGUGAAAAGUGGCGGCAAACGCGUGAAGCGUGAGCACAGCCUUCCCACGACUGCGACAACGGUGACGAGUUCGAUCAUCAACACUAUACCGUGGGCGGGGACAGUGUUCAGCGAAGCAUCUUCAACAGCUAGCGCUUCUUUCGCGAAGUCUGCCAAAGUGAAGUCCUCAGUCGAAGCUGCCAAGAAGGUGAAGUCUCCAGCCGGUGCUGCCAACAACGUAGCGCGACCAAUGCCUGCUGUGGAUAAACCGACCUAUGUGGGCGUGGCUAGUCCGCGACUAUGGGGACGAGCGAUUCCCCGCGCCAAGCAGCUGAAGCGGAUCCCAACACAAGAAGAGCUGGCCGAAGUGCGGCGCAUGGUUGACGAGGUUUUUUCUCGUUUGGGCCGCCCUGUUCACAACAAGUUGGAUGCCAAAACGGAGGGCCGAGCAAGUGUUGUGGAUGCCAAGCCAAACGAGGCAGGCAAAAAGGAGUUGUUGCUGCGUACUCGUGCAAAUCUUGAAGAACAAUUCUCAGAGUUGCGGAAAAUUGACGAGGAUCUGGGGGUCAUUUCCUCUGCGCCAUCGUUAGGGCAAGAUGCUGAAGGAGGACCACAAGAGCCAGAGCGCGUGAGCUCGAAUUGGCGACUAUUUUUGACGGAGAACGAGGAGAUCGACAGCAGCAUCCGUGCCGAAGUGCCUCUGUCCAGUCUGGCAGACGGGAUUUCGGUGCUCGAACUCGGUCACCGAAAUCCCCGUCGAGCGCAUGUGCUUCUUCGCUAUAAUGACUCUGAGUCAGCACGCAGCCCCCGCCAGGUGGACGGCUGGAUGUCAUGGAAGACACGGGGGCAGCUGCCGUUGCUGCUAACGGAGGAACAAGCGCAAAAUCUCCUUGGGGAUUCUGGGCAAGAGAUCGUGCCACCCGUGCCACGAGUGACCAGCUCUUCGGCGGAUCCUGCGCAUGAGAUCGCGCCACCUGUGCCAGUAGGGAGAGUGGCCAGCACCUCUUCGGCAACGGGUAUUGCGAAGUCAUCGAGUACUACUAGUCCAUCUUCGACGGAAAAUAUCGUGAAGGAUACUGUUGCCGCGCAAAGCCUCGACGGGCCGCCUCUUCUUGUAGAAGCGAGAAAACCGCUUUUUCCUUUCACUGAUCGUCCUCGGCCAGUAGCGAAAGUGAUCGCGCCGCCGACAAAAGGUGUGGAUGAGAGAUCAGAAGACGCUUCCACAUCGAGCGGACAAGGUUCCUCCGCUAAUGCAGCCUUUUUGGAUCUUCAUUCGGGUGCGCAGCAGAGAGAUCAGACCAUGCGUUCGUCUCCGAUGCGAACAAAGAUCACUUCAGCUUUUGACGCGGGAUUUCCGUUUUUCAACGAGGGCGCUAAUAGAGCAGAGAGUGCAGCUGAGGAAGACGGCCGUGCUCUCGUAGUAGAUGAAAACGAUGUUGAUAAGAUGGACGCAUUGCACGUAAACCGCGUAGCAGCGGUGCAUUACUGGCUCACCUCGAACGAGCAAGCCUGGGAAAAACAAAACAUUGGAGUCCCAAAGUUGUCGCUAAAUCCUCUCAAAAAGCUGAGGCAUGCAGCAGAGGGGCCCCGCCCGUCCGCAGCGGAAAAACGUUUUCGAGAGCGAAUGUGGGUGAACCGGCUCGAGACUGUGAGAGACAGCGCACUGCCCGCCCCACCGGUAAAAAUGGAUGUCCCGCAGUCGGGCCUUUCGAAGUCGAUGCAGUUUCCGAAAUCGCCGGGAGAUCCUCUGUUAGGGGAGACCUUUGCUGCAGCGGAGGCUACUGCUCGCGGGCUCAUGGGCCAUAUUUUAGCGGGCGACGAAGUGACGGUUGUUGGUGCAGAUCCUGGAGUAGGCGCUGAAUUGCCUCCUGCAGCUUCAGCUGCUAGCGGUUGGAAAAAAGCACGCGUGAAUCGCCUUAUCGGUCUCACACGUGGUGCGGAGGAGUGGUUUGAGGUGGUCUUCGCUAAUGGAGAAAAAUGGGGAGCACCUGGUGGAAUGCUUCGGCACGCCACCUCACGGGAUGAAGAUUUGUCUAGAAGUUCUGUUUUGCACCCACUUCUACCCCAAGAUCAUUCCAGAAGUUUUCGACCACGCGGUGACGACGACAAAUUCGAGGUUCUCAAUUCAGUAAUGGAACAACGUGAGAUCGAUCGCGCGUGGCGGGAAUUUUUACGCGCGCAUCGUUGGAUUCCAGCAUACGGACACCAGAAUUCAGGCGAUGGUACCUGGCAUCAGGAGUUUGAGAGUCAAUUGUCCCCCGACCCAACGCGAUUUGUCCCUUCUGCCCAAGAUGAGGCUUUUCUUGCCACACGGGCUGCGCAGAAAGGAAGAGGAGCUAACAACGUCGAUCAUAGAAGUCAUGCAUCGCAUGGUGCGCCGCAGGAGUCAAUUGCAUCCACUUCCUCCACACCGCCUGAAGAUGAAAAGAAAGAUGCGGACUCUGGAACGAUGAAUGUGGAAAGCCUUUUCGAUCGAUACUUCUCAGAGAAAUCCAAAAGCUCUGCAGGAAAAACUGCUGAGACGAGGCCCACGACCGAGAUGCAAUUGCAAAGUGUGAGUUAUCGUGUGCCGCGUGUUGGAUCACUUGCUCCGAUACCGCGACGGCCACUCCCACUUUCAGGAGAUGUGACGGCUUUCAUUCCCGUAAAAGGUCGUGCUGCAUCAAACGAAAAAAAAUUUUUGUCCUUUCUCUCCAUCACGACCACGGAAAACUCUAGUAGUUCAUCUAGUAGUAGUACGUCCAAGUGGACCAGUUUUUCUGCUGAACAGGAGUAUCAGCCAAGAAAACGCUUUUCCUCAAGCCGGAAGAGGAAUGAGAGAAGGUUUUUGGAUUCUGGUCGCUAUCCGGACUGCGAGGGAUCUGCUGGCGCACAACAUCACCCUACGACCCUUUUGGGGCCGCGUCGUAAAAGAAUUAGGCAUGAUCGGUUUUCCUCAUUUGAAGACUUCUUAGACGUUCCAUGGGAUGUGGGUGACAAGGCUACCGAGUUCAUGCCAUUUAGGGCUGCCAUCGCGGAUACUAGCGAUCACAUGGCACAGGGCGCAAUUGGUAGUGAUAUAACGGAUCAGGUGGAUGAUGUCUAGCUUAGCAUGGGAGUUCGUGGUACAAGAAGUUUUGUGAAGUAGUAAGUAAUUUAGUCUAGUUCUUUUGUGCAACAAAGUCUGAAUAAUGUCCUCUAGCAUUAGAGUCACGGGAGUCAGUAGUACAAGAAGUUCUGUGAUUGAAGUCUAAGUAAAUUAUAGAUCUUGUUCCUCUGUCGUUUUUAUCUCUCAGUUCUUUUUGUUCCGUACAGAAGUCAAUUUUGAUUCAUUCAUUCAUUCAUUCAUUUACCUGUUCUCGAGGUGUUGUCUAGAGUGUGUGGGGACUAGCUGAGCUUUUUUUCUGGGUCGACCUUGAUGGAGGCAGCCAUCGCCUCAGAGACUUACAUGAAUUCGACUGUGUGCUGACGAAUAGUUCCACUUCCAAGAAAAGAAAUCGACGAAAUCCAGC